AUGGAGAUAUCACCAGCUAAUAUUAAGGAACAAUCAAGGUCUAGAUCAAGAUCGAGAACAAGAAAUUCAACGGCAAAUUCAAGAUCUACCAGUGCAUCAAGAAGAUCAAGCUUAUCAUCAUUGCAUAGAAGAUCAUUAUCAUCAUCUUCUUUGAAUAGACUCACUAUCACCACAACUCAAGUAGAUCAAGAACGUUCAGUUCCUUCAGUUCAGGUUUAUUUGGAUAAUUCAUUACCUUUAGAUUUCUUUAAACAAGAUAUCAUUGCAUUAACCAAAACUUUGCGAAUUAGUAAAUGGCAUAAACGUCAAUUAUUGGCUCAACAUUUGACUGUGAAUAGAAUAUCAGGUGCACUAACUAAUUCUAUUUAUAAAUUAGAAUACCAUGACGAAGCUCAGAAUAUCCAUCUUCCUGCACUUUUAUUAAGAGUUUAUGGUAAAAAUGUCGACGAAUUGAUUGAUAGAGACAAUGAAUUGGCAAUUUUGGUUAAAUUAUCCCAAAAGAGAAUAGGUCCAAGAUUAUUGGGGAUAUUUUCAAAUGGUAGAUUUGAACAAUUUUUAGAUGGAUUUGUUACUUUGAAUAAAGAACAAAUUAGAGAUAAAGUCCUCUCACAAAUGUUGGGCAGAAGAAUGAAAGACUUGCAUUAUAAAAUUGAAUUGGAUAGUCAUGAUUUUACAGCUGAGCCAACUUGUUGGAAAUUGAUUGAAAAAUGGUUAAGAAUUUUUGAAACUGAAUUAUUACCUGGAUAUUUACAAGCAAAUUAUGAUCCAAAAAAUGUUUUUGUGGUUGAAUUUUCCAAAUUCAAGGAAUAUGUUGCCAAGUAUAAAGAAUGGUUGUUUAACAAGUAUGACACUGAGCAUUUUCUUUCCAACUAUAAAUUUUGUCAUAAUGAUACCCAAUAUGGUAAUUUGUUAUUACAUGAAUCAUUCAACCCAGAAGAUGUUCUCAUUGAAUCGUUGUCCAUUGAUGGAGAGGUGGCUUCUUCACACAAGAAGGAUGCAAAUUUAGUUGUCAUUGAUUUUGAAUAUUCUGGUGCUAAUUUCCCUGCAUUUGACAUUGUAAAUCAUUUCUCAGAAUGGAUGUCAGAUUAUCAUGAUCCAGAAAAGUCAUACUUUAUCCACAACAAAAAUUUCCCAACCAAGUCAGAACAAUUAAACAUGAUCAAAUCAUAUGUUGAAUAUGACUUCCAAUAUCCUUCCUCAAACUUGAAGACAUCCAAAAAGCCAGAAGAACUUUUCAACAAUUCAACAGAUCCAGUACCUCUUAUGGAAUUUGAAAUUGAAAAAUUAUACAAUGAGUGUAUCUAUUGGCGUGCAUCUGUACAAAUUUUCUGGUGUUUAUGGGGGUUGAUUCAAAAUGGUCCAAUAAGACCCCAAUUACACUCCAAUGGAUCUGAGCAAGGUAUCAAUAGUACUUAUAAUUUCACUGUUGAUGGCGAUACAGAUGAAUCUAGUCCUCGCAAUAGCACUGUUGUAACUGUUGAUAAAAAUGGUGCUACAGAAGUGGAAAUCAUCACUUCAAGUGAUGAUGAAUUUGACUAUUUAAAAUAUGCCAAUCAAAAAGUCGACUUGAUUUUGGGAGAUCUUAUUCAAUUUGGAAUUGUUGAUAAGAAAGACAUUGAUGAGAAGCACUUGCAAGACAUCAAAUACCUUGAUACUAAAGCUUUUGAUUUAUAG